AACGGCAAGCUUGGAACACUCAUUGGCCGAUGGCAAGGGACGGGGUGAGGUGGUAAACGCGCAGAGACGCGAUUGGCUGGAGGGCAAAGCCAUGGGUUGGCCUAUCACAAUGGACGUAACUACAGGGGAUUCACAUGUUUACCAGUCCUGACUUCGGAGAGGAGGAAAACGGAGCAACAACGAGAGAGUAAGUUUGUAAAUGGUUCAGUCAUGGUUGAAACUGGGCUUUUGUUGCUGAAGGAAUUCCAUCCUCUCCACGGGCAGACUGAGUCAUCUUAGCUAUAGUGUACACAAAAAGUCAACCUGCACACUGUGCCAAAUAAUCAAAUAAUGAUAGCUUAGAAUGUCUUCACACAAGACUGUUGAUAUUAAAUCUACACCAUUAGUACUACUUUUUUAAAAAGCUGACUUUUAAAAAAAGCUGAAUAGACCUCUUUGAUGCAGAAAAUUUGAUGUCUAAAUGUAUGUGGUACACUUAUCAAGGGCUGUGUGGGCACAGUGUCAAAUGUGGUCUGAUUGCGUAAAUAUGGGAAAUGAGGUGAAUGAGGUUCUCAUGUCCAGUUAGGCCAGUAGUGACACUGAUGAGGACACAGGCAGCCCAGGUUUGGCAGUCCAGGUCUGAGCAGGCACAGACGUGACUUCAUUAGCACUGUGCAAUGGUACAAGAAGCGCACUUUGUUUCACAGAAACCUCUGACGUUGUGCAAUAGCAGUACACGCACGCUUCAGCGGACACUUUAGUUUACAGACCUGCAGAGCCUGUCGGGGGUUUGCCAUUUUCGGAUCGAUUCAUCGCCAAGGACACUCGGCGCAGGAAAACUCAGGGAUGACGAGACCCCAGCUCCUGGAACUUACCUCAAGGGACGGCCGGUUUGGGCCGCACACCUCCUGCCCCCCGUCGCCCCCGGCGCCCCCUCUCGCGCUGGCGCCGCCGGUGGCGCCCUGGCCGCCGGUGGACUUCGCCCUGGGCGCGCUGGCGUGCUGCGGGGCCUGCGUCUUCACCAACCCCCGGGAGGUGGUGAAGACGCGGCUGCAGCUGCAGGGCGAGCUGCGGGCCCGGGGCUCGUACCAGAGGCACUACCGCGGGGUGCUGCAGGCCCUGUGGGUGGUGGGCCGGACCGACGGGCUCCGCGGCCUGCAGAAGGGCCUCUCCGCCGGGCUGCUGUACCAGGGCGUGAUGAACGGCGUGCGGCUCGGGUUCUACUCCUACACGGAGGCCGCCGGCCUGGCUGCGGCCCCCGGCGGGAGCCUGUUGGCGGGCGCCACCGCCGGAGCUCUGGGCGCCUUCAUCGCCUCCCCUGCCUAUUUGGUGAAGACUCAUUUGCAGGCUCAGACAGUGGAAACCAUCGCCGUGGGCCACCAGCACAACCAUCAGGGCGUGUCGAACGCGUUCGCCACCAUAUACCAGCGGGAGGGGCUGCUGGGGCUGUGGCGGGGGGUGAACGGGGCGGUGCCCAGGGUCAUGGUGGGGUCGGCGUGCCAGCUCGCCACCUUCAGCUCUGCCAAGGAGUGGGUCGCCCAGUCACAGUGGUUCAAUCCAAACAGCUGGCUGAUUGCCUUGACAGCUGCCAUGAUCAGUGGGGUUGCUGUGACCAUCACCAUGACGCCAUUUGAUGUCAUCAGCACGCGACUCUACAACCAGCCUGUGGAUGAGCUGCACAGGGGCCGCCUGUACGGCGGCUUCUUGGACUGCCUGCUGAAGGUGUACCAGACGGAGGGGCUCCUGGGGCUGUACAAGGGGAUGGGCCCCGUGUUCGUGCGGCUGGCCCCCCACACCGUGCUCAGCAUGCUCUUCUGGGACCUCCUGAGGCAGAGGGCGUUUCGGUACUACGGGGGCCGGGCUCAGAACUGAGCCAAGGACCGAUGCCCCAAGGCCGCUGGCUCGGAGAGCGGGAGGGGAGGGGAGGGGGUCAGGGUGUGGGCAUUACACCAGGGGUUUCUUGUUUGUUUGGGGGAAAUGUAGCCUGAGAGGGAACAAAUGCUAGACUGACCAAUUGUGCAAAGGAGGUGAAAUUUGCGUUUUUGUGCGCAUGUGUGUGUGCACGUGUGUGUGCACGCGUGUGUGCGCGUGUGUGCACGGGUGUGUGUGUGUGUGUGUGUGUGUUUGUGGUGAGGGGUGGAGAAGAAGAGUAAGAGAUUAAAUUUGACUUGGUAAAUAUUAGUAUUAACAUAAGCUACUCAUGAGUCAUUGGUUUAGCUUCAAUUUAGAUUAUUUUUUUCAGGCAAAUCAAGUUGUUCAUGUCAGGCUAGAAAAUAGUGUAGGCCGACAUCUCCUUGCCUGGUCUCUUUAUUAUGGUCAUAUUCCAUCAUGCCCCUACCAAGGUCAGGCAUUAUAUGACACCACAGCACAGGCAUUACCUUACAUUACGUUUCCAAUUUAACAUCCACGGAGGAAAAACACUUGCCGUCAUGGACAUUGGCCCAAUUGCUCAUGAAAAUGAGCAAAAAACAAGGACUGUCAUUCAUCGUCAUUGCGUGCAUACUGUGUUGGUCCGCAAGGCUUGUGGACAAAUGUAUGCUGAACUUGCUAAAAAUCUGUGAAUUAACCCGGAUGUUGGACAUGAAGACUGUGCUGCUGAAGGGAGAGCUCCCAGGGAAACACUGAACUGUACAAGAAGAGUUGGGCUGAACAGCAACUGUUUCCACAGCACAGCCUCUUUGAAGAAAUCUUAACUCAGGAUGAUUAGAAGCCAUGUGAACUGCAGUCCAUUAGAAUUUAGACAGUGACAUCAUUUCUGUUGUUUUGGGUCUGUACUCCAGCACAUUGGAUUUAUAAUGAAACAAUGAAUGUGAGUUAAAGUCCAUGGCAACUCUAAUUUCAGGAUAUUUCACAUCCUUAUUGGGUGAUCCUUGUAGGAAUUUUAUAGUCCCCCAAUUUUAUGGGACAAAAGUAAUUGGGCUGCUUCUUGGCCAGAAGUGUGUCCUGAAUCAUUCGUGCAUGCUCAAGACAGCUUACUAAAGGUCUAGAAUUUACAUUUUCAUUUGGAGUCUGUUGCUGUUGUCUCUCAACAUGAGGACCAAAGAAGUGUCAAUGCCAUUAAAGAAGGCCAUCAUGAACCUGACAGAUCAGAAUAAAUUGAUCAGAGACAUUGCCAAAACAUUUGGUGUGCCAAAUUAAACUGGAAUAUUGUUAAGAAUCCAGAAUGCACGGGUGAGCUCAGUAAUAGCAAACAACCUGGUAGACCACGGAAGACCACUAUAGUGGAUGAAUAAAUAUUUGUGAAGAAAAACCCCUUUUCAGCUGACAAACAUAUCAAAAACACUCCAGGAUGUAGGCAUAGAUGUGUCUAAGACAACAAGUAAUUCCCACACAGAUCACCUAAUAUGGAUAUAAAUGCCCCCACAUUAAAGCUGACAAGUCUGGAUUUCAACAUCAUAUUAGUUUUUUUUUGUUUCAAAUCCUGUGUGCUGGACUGUACAGAGCCAAAACAACAAAAAUUGUGCCACUGUCCAAAUACUAACACACCACACUGUAUGCUGCGGAAGUAGCACAUCCUGACACAAGGCAAAGUAAGCCACCCCAGUGGUCUGGCUGUGGAUUGGAAGUGCCAUUUGCAGCGCUGUGCUUCUGCAUGUAUACUCAGCACAGUGACCUGUGCUUGUUGAGCUUCCACUGCGCUAUAGGGUGGAAGAAUAACCUCCGAAGUUUGUCUCAGGUCCCCAAAGUGCUGCAGACACUCCCCCAGACACUCCCCCAGAACUAUCUGAUGAAGAAUACUGAAGAAAGCACUUUGGACAUUUUUUCCUCACUACAAGCUAUUCUGUUGCACUUAAAAGUUAAGACUGGAACCAUGAAUAAGCUCCCUGUACCCAGAGGUCUGGUCCCAUGGCUGCUGAGAAGCAGUGGUUGAUGGGAUACUGACCGAUAGGCGCAGUAUUGUGGUGAUAUUUUUCAUAUGCUGCUGUAGGUAUUCACAAAGGGCCUUCGUCUUAAUGAGAAACUGCAUCCUGUAAGGAAGGGAAGGGAGGUCGUGUCUUUUUAACUCUUCUGGUUGAAAACGUUUUAGUUCUGAACGUUUUUACAAAUGAUGUCUUAUUUUUUUUCUUCAUGUGAAUCUAAACCUGAACCAUAAUAAAGGAACGUUUUGAAGAGCAA